UUAGUGGAUAACGAGCUGCCGCAAGAGAGGAAGUGGAGGAGCAGCCUGUGGAGCCAGGAGGAAGAACCUUGCAGCUGUUGUUAAGAGGCCCUGAGAUCUUGUGUCUCUCCUUUGCAACGGGACUUUCUGAAGGAUUCAAUGCAAAAGAAUCUGUGAAACAUCUGUGAAAUUUUGACAAGACGUUUAAUUUUUCCUGGAAGAUGAUGCUACUAUGAUUUUUUUUUUUUUUUUUGGUAUGAUCUAUGCCCUGACGGAUUAGUUUGGUGACAUUGGUCACCAUGGCAGCAGCCUACCGUGUGGUGGUGAGCAGUGUGAGCUGCUACAACAGCGUGGUAGUGGACCGGCGCACCCACUCUCACGCUGUGCACUAUUGUUCGGGCCCGUGUAGAGCGCUCUCCCAGGGGCUGGAAUGUUCUGUGGCCCAUCACGGCACCUGCUCCGAGCUGCUGGCCACACCGGACUCGCCCUACCCCGACCUGAAUGGCCUGUCCGGACACUCCAGGUGCAUGACAACCCAACAGAUUCCUCACCACGGUAAAACGAAUGGCACCAUUGACACGGGUUAUAACUGCGGUGCUCUGGAGAGGGCAGGGAGCAAUGGUAAUUUGUUUAUUGGGGAAGAGAGCAACAUGUGGCGGGGAAAGAAGAUCCUCACUGGCGGAGGGUCAACGGGUAACCUGAGCUGCGGUACCUACGGUAGCCUCAAAGACAUCACCGAAGAGGCCAUCAAUCUGGCCAGCGGGAAGCUCAAAGAGUUUUCCUUCGACAAGCUUCGGCUCUCCUCCUCCAGCCAUGUCACCUUCCGGAAAGGCCGCAAGGUCCGUCCUGACUCGUUCAGCCGUCGCUCCACCGAUCUGGAGAUUAUCUACGGCCAUUUCGGCUCCAACGUCUCCAGUAACGGCACGACAAGCAGCAUCGCCACUGUCCCCAAUGAUGAGAACGCCCCACCGCUUUUUGAGACGAAACAGAAGGGCAGUUCCAGCUCCCCGUCGGCUAUUACGAAAGUAAAUGGUUCAAGCGGCAGCGGGUCACUGGACCAAAGUAUGAACACUCUGGCCUCCCUUUAUCGCAACACUCUAGGGGACGAGAACCUGAUUGCUCGUCUGCUGGAGAAAACUUGGGGAGAGGCAGCUGCCGGGGGUGCCGGAGGGGAGGACAUCCGCGCCUGCCUCGACAUCCUGCUCAAAUGCUCAGAAGACCUGAAGAAAUGCACCGACAUCAUCAAGCAGUGCAUCCGACGCAAGGGCGGCGGAGGACCGCAGGACGGAGGGGCCAGUCCCGACAGCGUGUACCGAGCCUUGAUGACCAGACUGAGCAUGUAUCUAAAGAGACUACCUCUGGAGCUGGAAGGGCUCGGAAACGGCGGGCAGGGUGGACAGGGCACGCCCGGGAGUGGACAUGGCGAUCUGAUGGAACUGGUCAACAGUCUCCACUCGCUCCAACAAACGCCCUUCUCACCGAUAUUUGGCAGUGAGCAGCCUCCUCGUUAUGAAGACGUGGUGCAGUCGCCUCCCAACCCAAAGAUGACUCCUAAUUCUGCGUCAUCCACUCCUCACAUAUCCGUCCAGAGCGCCCCAUCCAAAGCCCUCACCAAUGGACUACAGCAUUUGCAACCUCCAUCAUCCAUCACGCAUCACAAUCUAUCUCCCUCUCCUGUUACGAGUUCCCCUUCCAAUCGGUCUCCGACAAACUCUCCGUCCCGUCUUCGAGUCUCCCCUACCCCUCCGUACAGCCACACCCCUCCAGCGUCCCCCAUGGAGGCACUGUACAUUGAGGAGGAAGAUGUAGACACGGGUAAGAUGUCUGAACAGAUCACUCAAAAUACAUCCCAGAACAAAGACUUAUCAAGUAAAUCUGUGCAUAUAUCUCAAUCAGACUCUACCAGCAUUGUCUUCAACUCGACGAGACCUUCUCCCAACACCCUGGCGCACAGAAACGAUGACAUUGACAAACUGCUCAUGGAUCUGGAGAAUCUGUCUCAGAGUAUGAGCAACCACAGAAAUACUGAGCCUCCACUUCCGGUCAAGACCCGCAAGCGAGGAGGCAGCGGUCUGGUGAUUGCGUCCACCGAAGCGCAGACUCAACCCAAAAUGUCCCAGUUCCAAGUCACAACCCCUGCGAGCCACCUAGCCAUGAACGGCACCAGUUCCAAAGCCCCUCAGGGAGAAAACCGCAAUGCUGUAGCUGGUGAGGAGCAGGAAGACGGCGCGUUGCUGUUGCGAAUCUUGGAGAGCAUUGAGAGUUUUGCCCAGGAGCUGGUGGACUCGGGGGCAGGGAGCUCUGGGAGCUCUGAGAGGAACAGCGGGAAGGAACGGGAGGUGAUGAAGCUCCUUCAAGGCACGCUGGCCUCCACUGGUAGGCCUGACACCCCCGUUGUGAGUUCGACUGGACAAAAUGCACCGGCAGCCUGUUCAACGGAAACCGUUCCGGCAGUAACUGUUCCGGCCAUACCGCCAAAGCUCUCUGCCCGAACACCUUCGGCGACAGCGGCUCUCGCGCAAAAAACUGCAGCUGAAGAGGUAUGCACGGCUACAUCGGCGCUUCUGCCUACACCUGAGGUUGCUUCCGCAUCUGUGCCUACACCCGCGACACCGGAAGCAAAAGACGGCCUUUCCGAAGCCCCUCCGAUCCAUCCCAAAGCCACCCCUGCAACAGUCAGCUUGCAUUCCCUUGCGCAUCCUGCCCAGCUAGGGAAUGACGCUGCUCCCAAAGUGCCGCCCGCCAGGUCCAGUCCACCUGUGGUAGCGGGAAGAGAUCUGGCUGUUACCAUCAGGGACAUUCCGGUUCUGAGAGACACGGGUUCUACCCUGCUCAUCCAGCAGACUCCUGAAGUGAUCAGGGUCCAGUCCAAAGCGGAGAAGAAACCCGGCACGCCGCCACCGGCGCCUGCUCAGGCGUCCGCCGUCUCGCACGCGCCCUCGCAACGCUCACCCAGCCCACCCCCAGCUGCUCCGGUGAUCAUCAUCCCGUCUCCUCCUCCUCCUCCUCCUCCUGCCAUCAACAUUCCCAGGUUCUACUACCCACGUGGGCUACCUGCCGCGGGCCCGCCAGCCAACCACGACGCGGCCAUCGCCGCCAUCGAAGCGGCCUUUGCUGAAUUUGAGGAGGAGAAGGCCGAUAUUUACGAGAUGAGCAAGGUCGCGAAGGCGUGCGAGUGUCCGCUGUACUGGAAGGCGGCCAUGUUCUACGGGGCCGGCGGCGAAAGAACGGGCUUCGUCUCGGUUCACUCCUUCGUCGCCACCUGGAGGAAGUUGCUGCACGGUUGCCACGACGACGCCUCACGGUUUAUUCACCUGCUCGCCAAACCCGGCUGUCAAUAUCUGGAGCAGGAGGACUUCAUUCCUCUUCUGCAGGACAUCGUGGACACGCAUCCCGGACUCACGUUUCUGAAGGAUGCGCCCGAGUUUCAUUCUCGCUACAUCACAACGGUCAUCCAACGGAUCUUCUACGUGGUGAACCGCUCGUGGACAGGCCGCGUUUCCAUGACGGAGCUGCGGCGCAGCAACUUCCUGCAGACGCUGGCGCUGCUGGAGGAGGAAGACGACAUCAACCAGAUCACCGACUACUUCUCCUACGAGCACUUCUACGUCAUCUACUGCAAGUUCUGGGAGCUGGACAGCGACCACGACCUCUACAUCGAUCACAAGGACCUGGCCCGAUACAAUGACCACGCGUCCUCCAACAGAAUCAUCGAGAGGUUGUUCUCGGGCGCCGUGACACGGGGCAACGCCGUGCAGAGGGAAGGUCGCAUGAGCUACGCUGAGUUUGUCUGGUUUCUCAUCUCUGAAGAGGACAAGAAAAAUCCCACGAGCAUCGAGUACUGGUUCCGCUGCAUGGACGUGGACGGCGACGGCGUCCUGUCCAUGUUCGAGUUGGAGUACUUCUACGAAGAGCAGUGCGAGCGCAUGGAGCGAAUGGGCAUCGAACCGCUGCCCUUCCAAGACUUGCUGUGCCAAAUGCUCGACUUGGUCAAACCGGAGAGCUCAGGCAAAAUUACGCUGGGUGACCUGAAGCGAUGCCGCAUGGCUCACAUCUUCUUCGACACGUUCUUCAACCUGGAGAAAUACUUGGACCACGAACAGAGAGACCCCUUUGCUGUGCACAAGGACCUCGACAGUGAUGGUCCCGAGCCGUCCGACUGGGAUAAAUAUGCCUCGGAGGAAUACGAGAUACUGGUGGCGGAGGAGACUGCCAAUGAGCAGAUACACGAAGGAUCUUUUGAGGAGGACUAUGACGUGGACGAUCUCCAGGUUCCGGCUGAGAUCGGGAAUAAGAUAGAAAAACUGGUCAUCUCAGAUCUGACAGCGUGAAAAAAGUGGAUUGCCUUUUUCUAAAUUGUUGGAUGGAUGCACAGUUGGAACGGACAUCAAAAAGAAUAAGGACAUCCGUUUUAUGAUGAUGCCUCAUUUAUUUAUUUUUUUUUUAUUUGUGGUGAGGAUAGACUCAUGUGCACGUGUGGACGUGCAUCUCACAACAAAGCGGAUGAGUGAGACAUUGUUUGAUAAGCUCUUAAAGGAACACAGCACACUAAAAAUAGCUCCACAGAAGAGUAAUUUCAUUUUGGGGUGGGGGGGGGGUUCAUUUGUUGGAUCAAACUUUAUGACUAUCAUGCGCAAAGACAAU